GCACAUCGCGCCAAAUGCCUUAGUACGCGGACGUCUCGCAAUGGAAAUAACUGUUCACUGCGCCCGCUCGUCAUCGCAGACGCACAAACAUCAUUCGCACUGAUUGCCGACUUAAUCGAACGAGAAACAUGUGGUUGCGUAAGAUCUCCAUGUGUCGCUUCCUCCUGCCUCGUCUUAUUCUGAUCGUCGGUCUCGCGCUCGCGAGGACCCUCGAGGCGUCUGAAGAGACAAGCGAAACGAAAGUCACCCUCGAGGAGACUUCCUCGAUAUCGGAUCAAUACUCCGUUCACGAGACGACGACGCUCGCCUCGUCGUUAUUAAGACCGGUCACCGACCGCGAAUUAACGUCACCGACCGUCGGCGAAGCCCUCCCUCGAAACGAUUCCGACGUCUUCAAGCCCAGCCGGCAUUUGGGCGAGAUCGAGCAACCGACCGUCCGGAUGAGCCCCUUCAACAACGUGCAACCCGUGAGAUUCGAGAACAACGUUCAGCUGGAUGCGCGACGCGAACGGAUUCAGAACGUCUUCCAGGACGCGUAUCAGGGUGUCUCCAGUUUGCUGGACGUGGCGACGCGAUCGAGCAGAAUUAAAUUCCCGGACGACGACGCGGUACAAACGUCAAACAUCCGUCAUUCCUUCAACGAUCGAAAAACCGUUACGGAGAGUCCUAGAUCGCAGUUCGAGGAAGGCACCGUCGGUCACGUGCUCGUCGAUCAGACAUUCUUCCAAAACGUCGAGAAGCCGGAGAUGCAAGACAUAUUUGGGAAAACGACGACCGAUCAUCGAGCAACUGGUAUUUACUACGACUCCUCGAGGUCACCGUACGUCUUCAGCUAUUACGCCGAUCAGAAUCAGAAUGCUUAUCAGCCGACGUCGCAGGAGACCGCGAUCGAGAUGAUGAAGAGACCAGAGAGUAACGGUGUCAUGGUACUUCAGCAACACGAGUCAACCUACACGAGAAAGCGGAAAUUCCCCUAUCCGUUUUAUCAACCGGAUGGCGAAUACCAUGACGUGCAAUAUAUGGAGGACCCACAUCCGACUAUGGCUUAUCCGCGAGCGAGAAGACCAUUCCCUUGGAAGAAGGUCAUUCAUCUAAUUGGUACUUUUCUGCCGCUGGGUCUGCUAUUGGCGACGUUAAAGCCUAACGUCAUACGGAUCGACAACACGACAACGACGAAUUCCAUUAGCCAGCCCAACAUCGUCCUCUCGAAGCUGCGGCACGCGGAUCUACCGGUUGAACACAAACAGGCACGCAUGUACGACGAUCAAUCGAUCAUUUGCGAGGAACGAUCCAUCUGCGAAUUGAUCUUGACCGGCGGUGAGCCACAGUCCAACAUCCUGCAAAACGUCUUGUGGAACAUAGCCACCAGAACUCCGGACGACGUCGCAAAAAGAAAUGGCCUUCGUGAGGUAUUCAGCGCCGUCAGGAAGAAAGACUGUGCGGCGAUCAGCUGUUAAUGACUAGGAAGCCUGAGGAUCAUCAUACAGGCGAUCUCUCCUCCAUGUCCGUUGAUUUAUGGCGUUAAUGUUCGCACAUUAUGCAAAUUUCACGGCUUUACGCGUGAAACAGCGAGAGUAUAAAAAUCGAUGAAACAUUGUGCUACAUCAACUACAUAUAAUAUUUUACAUAUACUAUAUAUAUAAUUUUAUAUAUAUAC